AUGAUUUUGUGGCUGCUGUUCGCCGUCGCCUCUGGGUAUGACCAGAGUUGCCACGAUGAGGGUCGUUGCGACGCAUCGUCCAUGGUGCAAAUGAAAGCUGGUGCGACGCAAGCGAUAGAUUGCGAUGGUUGGGUGCUAGCUGCUCCAGGUACCGACUGCUCUGACACUUGUGGAGCAGACCUUUGCACUGCGGAGUCCAUAGAGAAGAUGAGCAGGAAACUAUUUAAUGGCUGGAGGCGACUCGUCUCUGAGUGUUUCGGGGUCGUGACCCGCACGGCGGAUCGCAACGUCGCCUUUGCGGAUCUUCGUUAUGCUCCGUUUGUGCUCUAUGAAAGGAUCCUUAGUGAAGAGGGUCAAUUUGAGCCAAUUCAAAUUGUAGAGCAACAGACGGCCAGCAGCUGUGACGCAAAGAGAGCCAACGAAACAAACAAAUACGGCCGAAGGAUCUGCUUCUGCAGCUCCUCGGGGCCUGUCACAGGUGAUCCUCACAUUACGACACUGCGUGGGGAUCAUUAUACCCUCCUGAAGCAAGGCACAUUCUUGGCCUGGAGUUUCCGGAAGACGAGCUUCAACUCGGGUAUCCAAGCACCAGUGGAGUGGCAACUCUUGGCCUCCUACUCUGGGGCCAGGUUCACCACUGCGGGGCUGCUGCUCAUUGACCACACACAUAGCGUCAUGGAGCUGACGGCAAAGGAUUGCCAAUGGCGUGGAAGACAGCCAGGAGGUGAAUGGCACAAUGCUACGGUGGGUGUUAAUGGAGAGGACCGUCCCUCAUAUGUGGAGGUGAUUGACUUGAACAGGACCAUCAAGGGCCAUCUUCACACUGGAUCCGUGAUGAAAUUGAAGAUGAAAGAGGAAGACCAAACGAACAGUGUGGCAAAACUUGUGACUCACUGCAAGCCAGGCGAUCGCCUGGACUUCAUAGUGCGCAUGUACGAUCAAGAUGAUCUUGAUCAUGUGGGAGGUGAGUUGGGAGCUCCCAAACACCGCGCAGAGAAACAAGUCAGCUUCCUCUCGUCCAAGCACAUGGUCAACAUGAAGACAGACUCUGAGUUUGAGGUCCCAACGGCGUGGUUGACUUUGGGCGGCAGUGAAGAGGCAGACUCUUAUUUGAAGACCAGGAUGCAAGCUGGAGCCGGAGUCUCCUUGACGCAGAAAAGUUGCAGUGAAGCCGAGCGGAUUUGUGCAAAGCACCUUGAGGAAUCAGAGGCUUUUGCUGACUGCGUCUUCGACGUUUGCAACGGUGGCAAUGAAGCUGAUGCUGAAGCUGCUGCUGAGAUGCUGGCUGAGUAG